UAUGUUUUGGUUCCACAUCAUUUUCUAUCAUUCGGUUUGACGUACUCUUACCUUUGUAAGAGUAUUUAGGUUGUAGUAUUAAUUAUUUAUGUAAAAAUGAAUUUGCCGGAACAAUAUAUAUCAAAUGCAGAGGAUAUUGCAGAUCAGAUAUUAAGAAAGGGUAAACAUGUUUUACCAUCUGUUGCCCGUUUAUGCCUAAUCUCAACAUUUUUGGAAGAUGGUAUUCGAAUGUGGACACAAUGGUCAGAACAAAGAGAGUAUAUGGAUAUGUCAUGGGGUUGUGGCAGAUUUUUAGCUACCAUUUUUGUACUGAUUAAUCUAGUAGGACAAAUUGGAGGUUGUGUUAUGGUUUUAGCUAGGUAUAAGGUAACAAUUGCUUGUGGAAUCCUUUUCUUCAUUGUUGUAUUGCAGACAUUUGCAUACAGUAUACUAUGGGACUUACAGUUUUUACUGAGAAACUUGGCGCUUAUUGGAGCACUUCUUCUUGUACUUGCUGAAUCUCGAGUGGAAGGAAGAAGUCUUUUUGCUGGAAUUCCUACUAUGGGUGAUUCAAGGCCAAAAAAUUAUUUACAACUGGCUGGCAGAAUUUUACUAGCUUUCAUGUUUAUUACAUUAAUUCGUUUUGAAUUAAGUUUUUUACAGGUUAUACAAGAUUUAAUUGGAUCUGUUUUAAUGGUAUUGGUAACCAUUGGUUAUAAAACAAAAUUAUCAGCUCUGAUUUUAGUUCUACUUCUUUCAUUUUUAAAUUUAUACCACAAUGCUUGGUGGACAGUGCCUACCUAUAAGCCAUUAAGAGAUUUUCUCAAAUAUGAUUUCUUUCAAACAUUGUCUGUGAUUGGAGGUCUUCUUAUGAUUGUUUCCUUGGGCCCAGGUGGAGUUUCGAUGGAUGAACAUAAAAAAGAGUGGUAGAAAAAUUCAGGAAUAUUUGUGCCGUGUGCUAGUAUUAAGCAAUUUAUAUAUAUAUAUAUAUAUAUAUAUACAUAUACAUAUAUAUAUAUAUAUAUAUAUAUAUAUAUAUAUAUAUAUAUGCAGAAACUUUAUUCCGUAUGUUUCUAUUGGUUUUUUUUUUUCAAUAUUUAAAGUGAAGCAAUUGUGUUCUUUGGAAGAUGCCAUAAAAAUGGAUUUAUUUUUAUAGAAAUUUAUUAUGUAAUAUAGAAUAUGCUGAAAAUUGAGUUCAGCUCAUUUAUAUCAAU